AUGGUCGGGUCGCGUACUGAAUUGGCCCCUGGGCUGACGCUCAGACGAAGCAGCCAGCUGGGCGGGAUUGCCAUUGUGUUCCUGCCUGUAAGCAGUGUUCGUACCGUAAGACAGAUACCGACGCACCGAUCCUCUCAGUUCCGGGCGACGAUCACCCAAUGGCACAUUUUCUUCGGGCUCUCCUCUGAAUCCUUCCCUCCUCUCCUCCAUCUCCAGUCUCUCCCUCUUCUUUCUCUCUUUUCUCCGUCUUUCCUUAUUCUCCCCAUCCACACUCCCUUCCCUCUUUCGUUCUCCCUUUUGGUUUUUAUUUUUAUUUAUUCAUUUUUAUUUUAA